CGGCUUCCCGGGCCUCCUCCUCCUCACCACACCACUCUUUAUAAAAAGCAACCCAAAAAUCUUACUUCUCUCUCUCUCACCGCUACUAAACCCUCACACAACCCAAAACUAAACCCAGAAACCAAAACAAACCAAAAGCAAAAUGAGUUCCUUUAAGGGCUACGGCAAAGUCGACGAGCUCGAAGAGCAAGCCUUCCGUCUCAAAACCCGCAAGCGCUUGCUCAUCGUCACCGUCUCCGUCAUUGUCCUCUUGGCCGUCAUCAUCGGCGCCGUCACCGGCACCGUCAUCCACAACCGCAACAGCUCCUCUUCUCCGUCGCCGAACACGGAACCCGCCACCCAGUUGACUCCCUCCGCUUCCUUAAAAGCCGUCUGCGGCGUCACCCAGUACCCCAACUCGUGCUUCUCCAGCAUCUCUUCUCUCAAAAACUCCAACACCACCGACCCGGAAGCGCUGUUCAAGCUGUCCCUGCAUGUCGCCAUUAACGAGGCCUCGAAGCUCAAAGACUUGCCUACAGCAAUAAAGAGUAAGAUCGGAAAUGAUACCAAACUCGAAAGCGCUAUUAAGGUCUGCGAGACCGUCUUCGAUGAUGCUGUGGAUAAGCUUAACGAUUCGCUCUCUGCAAUGGAUGUCAGUUCCGGCGAGAAGCUGUUGUCCGAGGCGAAGAUCAAUGACCUGAAGACGUGGAUCAGCGCCACCAUGACUGACCAAGAGACCUGCCUGGACUCUCUUGAAGACAUCAAUUCGACUUAUGUUCAGGUUUUCAGGGAUGCUAUGCAGAACUCCACAGAAUACGCCAGCAACAGCCUGGCCAUUGUGGCGAAAAUUCUGGGGUUAUUGUCCAAUUUGAACAUUCCGGUUCACCGGAGAUUGCUCGGGUACGGAGGAGAAACAUCCUCCGUACCCGAGUUCCCGGGCUGGGUCAGCCCGGGAGACAGGAGGCUGCUGCAGCAGCAGAACCUGACCGCGCACGUGAUUGUGGCGAAGGAUGGGACUGGGGAUUUUAAGACCAUUCAGGAGGCUGUGAAUGCUGUGCCCACGAAGAACUUGAGCAGGUUUGUGAUAUAUGUGAAGCAAGGGACGUACGAAGAAAAUGUGAAUAUGGACAAGAGCAAAUGGAAUGUGAUGAUGUAUGGAGAUGGCAAGACCAAGACCAUUGUUUCUGGGAAUUUGAACUAUGUGGAUGGGACUGCAACUUUCAACACAGCCACUUUUGCUGUUGCAGGAAGAGGGUUCAUUGCGAAAGAUAUAGGGUUCAUUAACACUGCUGGAGCUGCAAAGCACCAAGCGGUGGCAUUCCGAUCUGGUUCCGACCAAUCUGUGUUCUGCAGAUGCUCAUUUGAUGCAUUCCAGGACACUCUCUAUGCUCACUCAAAUCGACAAUUCUAUCGUGAUUGUGACAUCACUGGCACCAUUGACUUCAUCUUUGGCAAUGCAGCUGUGGUGUUCCAGAACUGUAACAUCAAGCCGAGGCAACCAAUGCCAAACCAGUUCAACACAAUCACUGCUCAGGGAAAGAAGGACCCCAAUCAAAACACUGGCAUUUCAAUCCAGAAGUGCACAAUCUCUCCACUCGAAAGCAACAUGACAGCUCUAACAUUUCUUGGUAGACCUUGGAAGAACUUUUCCACCACGGUUUUCUUACAAUCCAGUAUUGGUUCGUUCUUGAACCCAUCGGGGUGGACAGAAUGGAUUUCCAAUGUUGAUCCACCUAACACCAUAUUUUACGCAGAAUACCAAAAUAGUGGACCAGGAUCGAGUGUGGAUAAAAGGGUUACAUGGGCUGGUUACAGGCCCUCUCUCACAGAUACUGAAGCAGCCAAGUUCACAGUUGAGUCCUUCAUCCAAGGUAAUGAAUGGUUGCCGCAGACUAAUGUGAAUUUUGAGACAUCCCUGUGAGGCUGUGAUCUAAGAAAUCGGCAAUGUGCACUCAAUGUCCAGAAAUUGAACUCCUUUAGAAUGAUUUAAACUUUAAAUAUAUACCCUGUUUUUCAACAUACAGCUUUUAGUUUUUAACAGUUUGACAGGAUUGUGUUCGUGAAUGCUCUGUUCUCGUUUACACUUUCCAAUCUGUUUUGGAAAGUUAGUCAUUCUUUUCAUGACACUGAAAAUACAUGCAAAAGUUCCGAUUAAGUAUUGAGCAAA